CAACCCAUGAACCAAGAAACCCCCACAUUUAAAUCAGGAGUGAGGCUCGGUUUAAUCAGUGGCUUCUCAGGCGGUUGUCUGAUUAUUUUGAAAAUGCAGCAUAAGUUAUGAAGGCAAUACAAUAUUAUUGUUUUUCCUCCCCAGAUACCCUGUGGUGCUAUGGCAGCCACAAGAAAUGUGAUGAGAGCUGUCAGAGUUUUUGAAUUUGGUGGCCCUGAAGUACUCAGACUGCAGUCAGAUGUCUUAAUUCCCGAUCCAAAAGAAAAUCAGGUGUUAAUUAAAGUCCAUGCCUGUGGGGUGAAUCCUGUCGAGGCAUAUAUUCGUUCUGGAACUUACGCUAGAAAACCAGCUUUGCCCUAUACUCCUGGCUCAGAUGUGGCUGGUGUCAUAGAAAGUGUUGGGGAGCACGUGGCUGCCUUCAAGAAAGGUGACAGGGUUUUCACCAUCGAUACGAUCUCUGGAGGAUAUGCAGAUUAUGCAGUUGCUGCAGCUGACAGGGUCUUUCCUUUGCCGGAUAAAUUGGACUUCAGGCAGGGAGCAGCGAUUGGAAUUCCCUACUUCACUGCUUAUCGCGCUCUGGUCCAAAAAGGGCGUGCCAAAGCAGGGGAGACUGUCCUAGUGCAUGGCGCCAGUGGGGGAGUGGGAAUAGCAACAUGUCAGUUUGCCAGAGCUUAUGGUUUAAAGGUUUUGGGUACAGCAGGAACUGAGGAAGGCAUAGACCUGGUUCUGAGAAAUGGCGCUCACCAAGCCUUUAAUCACAGAGAAGCUAAUUACCUUGAUAAAAUUAAGGCGUGUGCAGGGGCAGGAGGAGUCAAUAUCAUCAUAGAAAUGCUCUCCAACGUCAACCUCGCUGCGGACUUGCAGCUGCUGUCCUGCGGGGGAAGGGUGAUGGUUGUGGGCUGUAGAGGUCCCAUUGAGAUCAAUCCGAGAGACACCAUGAGUAAGGAGUCCAGCAUAAUUGGAGUUAGCCUGUAUCUUGCAACUGAGGAGGAGAGGCGUGAAGGCCCAAAUGUGGUGGAAGGCACGACUGACAGGUCUCCCAUCGUUUUUGGUCUGAUACCAACGCCACCUCCACCCCAGCAAAAAGAUGGAAAGACACUGAGAAGUGGGGUGACAAGAGGGAGGCAGUUGCGUCCCAUCAGUGUGCCCACUGAGGCAGAGCACAGUCUGAGGAAGCUGCAGAGUUCUGGAGUGGUCCCCAGGUCCCCGGCACCCAGCGGCCCAUGUGUCACCAUGGCUGCUGUGGGGGAAAACCUCUCUGUACCUGGCAAGACUGCUGGGGACAGGAGUGACAUCGCAGUCCGUCAGCAGCCCUGUGGAGAGGAGAACCUCUCUGUUCACAGAGACAGCCCGUUGGAAGGAGGAGAUGAGAAUCUGGAGGAGAGAGAAGUGGAAGUGAGAGAUGGGAAGAGCGCUCUUUCUGCAGAAGAUGAGCCCCUGCAGGAGAGCGAAGUAGAAGGGAGAGACGUGAAGAGUGCUCUGUCUGCAGAAGAUGAGCCCCUGCAGGAGAGUGGCGUGGAAGGGAGAGACAUGAAGAGCGCUCUGUCUGCGGAAGAUGAGCCCCUGCAGGAGAGCAACGUGGAAGGGAGAGACCUCGCGAGCGCUCUGUCUGCAGAAGAUGAGCCCCUGCAGGAGAGUGAAGUGGAAGGGAGAGACCUCAGGAGCGCUCUGUCUGCAGAAAAUGAGCCCCUGCAGGAGAGCGAAGUGGAAGGGAGAGACGUGAAGAGCGCUCUGUCUGCAGAAGAUGAGCCCCUGCAGGAGAGCGAAGUGGAAGGGAGAGACGUCAGGAGCGCUCUGUCUGCAGAAAAUGAGGAUCUGCAGGAGAGCGAAGUGGAAGAGAAAGAGCUGGCGAGUGCUCUGGCUGCAGGAGAUGAGGAUCUGCAGGAGAGUGAAGUGAGAGACAUCACCAGCGCUCUUUCUGCAGUAGAUGAGGACCUGCAGGAGAGCGAAGUGGAAGGGAGAGACCUCGCGAGUGCUCUGUCUGCAGAAGAUGACGCCCUGCAGGAGAGCGAAGUGGAAGGCAGGGACCUGGCGAGCGCUCUCUCUGCAGAAGAUGAGGCCCUGCAGGAGAGCGAAGUGGAAGGCAGGGACCUCGCGAGCGUUCUCUCUGCAGAAGAUGAGGCCCUGCAGGAGAGCGAAGUGGAAGAGAGAGAGUUGGCGAGUGCUCUGGCUGCAGGCGAUGAGCACCUGGAAGAAGGAGGAGUGAUGGGAGCAGGAGGGGGCGAGAUUGAGUGGGGCAGUGGUGUCAGCUGA